CUUGCGCAUGCGCCGAUGCCUUCUGAUUGGUUGAUAUUAUUAUUUUAAUAUGCUCGGACUUCGGCUUCUUGAAGUGGUUUCUUGAUACCAGUUUGUAAAACAAGCUUUUAUUUGUCAUUAAGUAGUGAGUUAGGAUUUCUUUUCUUUUAAAAUGUUUUAUUGAAUGAAAAAGAAUGGCAGAAGCUUGUAGAUUAGGUUUACCAAAAUCAGACAACAAACUAACUAUUUCUCAAGAAGAAAACUUUUGUGUAUUAAGUGUUCUGUGUGUGUUUAUUUCACUUGUUACUAUACUUGCAGAUUUGACUACAGAUAUUUUGGUAUUCGCAGAAUAUUGUAAUGAUGGUCAUAUCUACUGGGCGAUCCCAACAUUAAUAUUUAUUAUUACACCAAAUUUAUUAAUAAAUAUUUUUUCAAUAAGGUGGUAUGUUAUUGAUCAUAAAUCCGACGCAAAACACUGGCUUACACAUUUAUGUCUUGGUGGUUUACUUGAGAGAUACAUAGUAUAUUUACACAAAGUUUUUGCUUGCAAAAAUUUGGAAUCAUUAAAAACUCAAAAACUAUUUUCACAGAGAAAUGAUUUGAGUUUAUUGCAUUUUCUGUAUAUUUUCACGGGAACGGUUCCUCAAGUCAUACUACAAUCUUACGCAAUUGUAAUAUUAAAUGAAAACUAUUAUACUAAAGCAUUUGCUCUUACAGCGUCUAUAGCAUCAAUUGUGUGGGGUUGUGCCACAUACAUCUACAGCAUUUUAAUUUUUUCUAAUGAUGUUUUUCAUUGGAAAUCUCUGUUAUUACAACUAAUAUGGCACUUUAGUAUGCUCCUUGGGAGGAUUUCAAGCAUUUUAUUAUUUACUGUAAUUUUUGGAAUAUGGACUCUAAUACCCUUAGGUUUACAUUGGUCUGCUAUGACUUUUUGGAUUAUUAUCCAAAAAACUACUUUUUGUUCAAAUAAACUGGAAGAAACUCUUUACAAUGUUGUGAUGGGAUUUGUUUAUUGCUUUUGUUACAUCAAUUUAAGGGAAGGCCAAACACGUUAUCGUAUUCUGACUUUUUAUACAUUGAUCGUAACUCAAAACCUGGGAAGUUUAUUUUUGUAUGUUAUGAUAUCUGAUAUAGGACGGCAACAGAAGCCAUGGUCAAUCACAUGUACGGUGUUUCUUAUAGGAGGAACAUUCAUAGGUUUAUGUUCGAUGAUAUUUUACUAUAGAUAUUUUCACUCAAAGGGUCCAAUAGAGUGGAAACUUCCUCAUGAAGACCUUGAGUUAAAUAAUAAAACAACAAGAACGAAUCCUAGCAAUUUAGGAAUUAGCAACUUGAGAUGUUUUAAAAGUUCGCAGAAAGAACCUACUCAAAUUAAAAACAGUGAUAUAUCUCCAAUUCCUGAUCAAGAAUCUAGAAAUGAUACGCAAAAUGCUGAUAAAAAUUUUCUUUUAGACCACUGGAUAGCAAGGUCUGGUACGCCCACAUUUUCUUCUGUGCCUAUAGGCAAUAACAGCAUGGAUGUAUCAAGUGUUGAAUUUUACACUGUUGAGAAUACACCUCAGGUUAUGACACAAAACGAAGAUAAUGAUGGCGGAACAAAUAAAAGAAAUACGAAAAACUAUAAAUUGAAAAUAUGCUCUCCAACUGAAUUAACGUUAAAAUUAACGGCGAUUGAUAAUUUAGAAAGUUCGAUUGAUGAAAUUACCUGUAACAAUCUCAACUCACAAAAGCGGCGAGGAAUUUGUUCAUCUGAUGAAUUGAGAGAUGAUUUAACAAACAUCAACAUCGGUAUGGUGAACGAAAACUUUAUGAAAAGUAUAAAAACUGACCACAGCUCUGAAAUAAGUCAAGAUACAGAUGGCUCUAAUAAAAAAACUUCUUCGGACUCUAUUGAUAUGGAUUUAGAUUUAAGUUUUAGUGAUAUUAAUAGUUCUGACAUUAAUACAUUUAAUGAAAAUAUUGUGCAGAAGUUGUGUUUGAGCGCACUAAAAAAUAUCAAAGUAGGAAAUCAGGACGCAGAUAUAGAAAACAUUCAAAGAAUAGCAUUAGAUAUUUUAAAAGAAAUGUAUGCGAAAAAAGGUAAAGGAAAAAACAUUCUCAGUGGGGAAACAUUUACAUCAAAGCAAAGAGACUUGGAUACACCGACAGAAAUGCUUUCAGUUCACGACUAUGAAAAUAUUUGCGCAGUAAAUAUUGCGAGGGAAGCAUGGGGUCUUCGGUCAUGGAAUGGCUAUUCAGAUAUAGAAAAUUGGUUACACGAUGGAAGUGUAGUGAGAGAUAGACGACGAGAUACACUCACUUCAGGUAGCUCUGAAAUAAGCAGUUGCUUAUCUCAGGAAUUAAAAAACGCUAUAUUAUCUGCUUCACCUUUUCCUAAAAAAGCACCAACUUAUUCAAAUGUGUUUGUGAAAUUCGAAAGAAGUAGUCAAGAAGAUUAUGUGAAUGCUGUAAUUUGUCACUCUAAUGAUGACACCUUUUUAGCAAAACCAUGCAUGACCGAUAUUAGCAAAGAUCCUAAUCAUUUGGAGCCUAUCAUGGAAGAACUUGAUGAUUUGUGUGAUAAAGAUCAGCCAUGUAAGAAGAGGUUGAAUUCUGAAAGUUCUUUGGUUGCUACGAUUGAUGAGAUAAGGAAAGCAACUGUGACUAACUCUCCCAGAAACUUAUAUCAUAGAAGAGAGCACAUGUGGGACUCCCCACAGUUCGACGCAUCCGUAAAAAUAGGGUCAACACUGAAAAGGGCUUUGUGGAAGGAACCGUCUAAAUUUAAUUCCAGUAACAUUAUGGAAUCUUUACCAGAAAAAGAAAAUAUUUUCAACUUGCCGCAUGGCAUAAAAAAUGAUCAACUCCAAAAAGACUUAAAUUUAUCUAGUGCAUCCAUAUCUCAAGACAGUAAUAAUUCAGAAAUAGGGAUAUUAUACAACCGAAAUAUGAAACGUCGUAUGAAAUCUAAUAUGAUGACUACUAAAACCCAACCUAAGAAAAUAAAUAAUAAAUCAGAACACAAUCUUCAAGAUUUAUCCAAUAAAGACAUUGACUUACUUUGGCAAAUUGUUACUGAAAAUACAGGACCACAUAGUUCAGCAGAAGAUUUAUCGUCGAAUCGUAUUUCAACUUCUUUACAGUCUUUAAUUCAAAAAGACGCAAGUUCUAAUAGUGAAAAUGGUGGACCUACUCCUAAAAUGAACAAUAUUCAUAAAAAAGGGACAAAAGGUCGACCUAGACGGAAAUUUUCCAUUUUAAGAGAGCGGUUUGAACCAAGAAUCAGUCUUAAUUCGGAUGAAGAAAUAUUAUAUCAUUGUUCGGAAAAUCUACCGAGCCAUUUGGAGUCCAUUGUUCAUGUUAAAAAUAAUUUCAGCACAAGUUCUGAUAAAUGUGUUGACGGCUAUUUAACAUCUAAACCUGACAGUAAAGUAUUAAAUAGAAAUAAGCAGGAAAAUGUUUUAAUAUCGCCAAAACAUUUGUAAAAUAAAGACACUUCACGAUUUUUCGAGUCGAUAAUACUUUUAGGUAACUUAGAUGUUAUACAAUUUUUGUUCCUAUUUUGCAUUAUUCAAUUUUACAAUUUACUAGCUAGCAGCAUAGGCUGAUAUGUGAUGAUAAGUCAUUAUCAACUCGGAUCUCAUGGGGAGUAUUAGUCAAAAUAUUCAUUUUAUUUUAAUGAUUCUAUAAUAGAGCAAGCUAAAAUUAAGUGCAUGAUUGCUUCCAUUACUUAGUCGAUAAACUAGAUAGGUAUAUUAAAGUUAUAAAAAUACUGUGAUGUAUGUGCCUUUUGUAUUGAAAAAAUUGCCAGUAUUUUGGAUAGUUGAAUUAGAAUCGGAUUUAAGUAACUUACAUUAGGGAAAUUACUGUUGAACGAUGCAAUUUUGUUUAAUUACUUUAUUCUGGUAUUGUUUGUAUUACUGAG